AUGCCUUCGCAGCAAUCUGGACGCAAAGGACGCAAAAGACGCUGGGUUGUUCAACGCUUUGAAGAUCUUUUACGAUUGCCUGCCAAUGCGCCGCAACCUUCCAACGAUAGCAGUAGAAUAACACACCUCCACUCUCAUGCUCCCAUCACACCUACCGAGCCUCCUGGACCGGUGUCGGACGUACCCAGCACAAACCUUCCCUCCACGCACAAUCAUCCUGUCGAUAUAACUACAGACGAGACCCCUCAGCCGGACGAGCAUAUCCUGCCAACUGUUCACCAGCCGACUGCAUGGCUAAGAGGUGUGGAUAUUGAUCGUUUCCAGGCGUCUGUGAUGGGUAGUUACACUGCUACAGAUAGCGACACUAGUCUCGGCCAGAUAACAAUCUUUGGAGAUGAGCCAGCUCACAGUGGGGACUCAUCCCCGAUGGAUGAAACUUCGUUGGACCCUAGGCAGGCGAUCAAUCACGGCAAUGGCUCCAAUGAUGACUCGACCAGUGACGAUAGCGAAGCCUCCUCAGCCCUUGGAUCCAAAGGAUUCUCGCCGUUGUUUGAUACUGGUGCGCAAGUCAGUAUCAUACCAGAGACGACGUUAGCCAGGAUGAAGAAGGGUUACACAAAGACCUGCCAUCUACCUCCACAACAACGGGAUAAUAUGACACUCGCGGAUUUUAAGGGGAACACCUAUCAUCCCGUUGGCUUAGUUCCACUUCUCUGGUGUCUUGACGACUUUCCUGAGGUCAGUCUCAAUACAACUUUCUGGGUUGUGGAUGGGAAGGUCCCGAACGACCUAAUCAUCGGCAAAGAUGUCCUGAAUGCUGUCGACUUUGCCGUCAUGCGGGAAAGGCAGUUCCGCAGUAAGGGCCCGAGUAAGGGCCCGGUGCUCAAGAAAAUGAAAGCCGCAAUCCGCAAUUCAUCGGUGAGAUUGCUGCGCCCAGCCUCUUCAGGAAGUCUCCACAGCAGACCACAUCAUUGA